AUGGCCCUGAACAAUGUGUCCCUGUCCUCCGGUGAUCAGAGGAGCAGGGUGGCCUACCGCUCUUCCCACGGCGACCUCAGACCGCGGGCGUCAGCUUUGGCGAUGGUCUCCGGAGACGGCUUCCUCGUUUCCAGGCCUGAAGCGAUUCAUCCAGGACCUCGGCAGGCGGUGCGACCAAGCGUUCGGGCCGAGAGCCGUCGAGUGAAUGGUGGCGGCCGGAGCCCAACACGCUUUAUAAAUGGGAGGGAACCAGAUGGCCGGGGCCGGAGCCGCCAAGCCAGAUUCUCACCUUACCCAAUCCCUGCCGUUGAACCCGAUCUCCUAAGAAGUGUGCUGCAACAGCGUUUGAUUGCAUUAGGAGGUGUUAUCGCAGCUCGAAUUUCAGUUUAAACGAACACCUUUCCUCUGGCCCUCACUUAGCUUGUGAAUAGGCCUUUUUAAAAUCCUUUCUUGGUGUAGCAGCAA